AUGGCUUCGACUGGCUGGAGUAACUUUCGUCGGACGUGGUUGAAGACGGAGGUGUUGCCCGUGCUGAGUGCUGUCGGCCUGGGUGUGGUGGUGGCAUUCUACCACUUUUCCCACAAGGUGCUGAACUCUUCUAGCAUCACAUUCAAUCGGCGAGACCGCAGCGUGGGCGGCAUCGAGAGGUAUAACCGCCUAGACGAAGAGCAGGUUUGGCGGGACCAACACGGUUUAAUGUCUUUCGCUAUAGAUAAGUCGGAGAGUAUCUUUCACAAUGACAGAAGAAUAUAUGAGGCAAAACGCUUACCGAAUCCUGAGUACGUGCCUCCGCAGUCAGCUGAACUGACACAAAGUGCUGGCACAGGCGAGGUUCUCGCAGACGAUCUGGCCGCUAACGCUCAAGCGUCUCCAUGA